AUGGAGCUUCUAGGCCAGCGACUGGCUCGAGACGGUCAAGCAGGCGACGUGCUCUUCCUGCGCGGCGACCUGGGCUGCGGCAAGACGUGUCUGGCCAGGGGCUUCGUGCGCGCGUACACGCAGCAGCUGGAGCUGGCGGUCACGUCGCCCACGUAUCUGCUGGUGAACACGUACGAUGAGGCUCGUGAGCUGCCGGCCGUCUAUCAUGUGGACCUGUACCGGUUGGAUGCUGUUACGGAGCAGGACGUUGCCGCGUUGGGGCUUGCGGAGGCUUUCGAGCGAGGUAUUACGUUGGUGGAGUGGCCCGAGCGUCUGGAUGUGGAGAGCGCGCCGGAGGAGAGGUUGGAAGUCUACAUUUCGUACGACGAGGAGGAUGCGGAGAUUCGCCAUGUGAAGCUCGAUCCGAUCGGCGAGCGGUGGUCGAGACUUUUUGCAGAUGAAACGAGAUAA